AUGCCGAGCCAAUCGGGCGACCUCCCCUUCGUCGUGCUCAACAAGGCGCUGCGGUUGAUGAGCUAUCAGGAGCUGGCCCGACUUCGGCAAGUCCACCCGCAUUGGGACGAGAUUUGCGGGCAGAUGCUGAACAGCGGCUACUACCAACUCAUCGACAAGUCGGACAAGCUAUUAAUGCGGCUGCAGCGGCUUGUUCAAAAGGACCUGGGCUGUACUGACCCGACCACGUGC